CCGCGGGAAGGGGUGUUCCUCGCCUCAGUGCGACCGAGUCGAAAUGAACGACCUUCUUUCGUCCGUCAAGGGCAACGGCGCGCCCGCGCCCGCAGCGCGUUCCGCGAGGACGCGUCCGGAGGCGAGCGGUAACCCCUUCGAACAGGCCACCGCGCCACCGCCCGCUGACGAGGAGGCGCCUCCCGCGGCUCCCACUCCCGGCGGCGGGGACUCGAGCAUGGAGGCGUUCUUCGCCGACGUCGCCACCGUCAAGUCCAUCCUCGGCGACGUCAGGAAGAAACUCGCCAAGCUCAACAGGCUCAACGACGAGUCCAAGACGGCGACGCGGACGGAGACGAUGAAGCGGUACAGGGACGAGAUGAACGGCGUGAUCGAGGAGGUAUCCACCACCGCGCGCGAGUGCAAGCUUCGGUUGGAGAACCUGGACCGGGCCAACGCGGAGGCGGCAAAGGGCGCGGGCGCGGGCCCGGGCUCGAGCCAGGAACGAACUCGGACGACGAUCACGUCGUCGCUGAAGAUGAAACUCAAGCAGCAGAUGGCGGAGUUUCAGGAUCUUCGGGCGCGGCUGCAGUCGGAGUAUAGGGAGGUGGUGGAGCACCGGUACUUCGCCGUCACCGGGGAGCAGGCGGACGAGAAGACGCUCGACCAUCUCAUCGAGACUGGAGAAUCGGAGACGAUUUUCCAAAAGGCUAUGAUGGAGCAGGGUCGAGGCCAGAUCCUCGACACCGUGGCCGAGAUUCAGGAGCGACACGACGCCGUGAAGGAGUUGGAGCGCAAGCUUCUGGAGCUGCAUCAGAUCUUCCUCGACAUGAGCGUCUUGGUCGAGGCGCAGGGGGAGAUGCUGGACAACAUAGAAAACCAGGUGAGCAAAUCGGUGGACUACGUGCACAGGGGGCAAGUGUCGCUCAUUCAGGCGAGGAAGUACCAGAAGAGCAGCAGGAAAUGGAUGUGCUGCUCGCUGAUUUGCGUGUUGAUGAUAGCGUGCGCGAUCCUGCUGCCGGUGCUGCAGCCGUGGGCCAGCGGCGGCGCUUGACGUCGUCUCGACGCUACGAUACUUUUUUGCUACAGACCUAAUCCUUAUACUGAUACUCCGCCUUGUUGUGC